AUGGCCCUCCUGUCGCGGUCACUCCGCGGCUCUGUGCGACGGCCUGAAGAACCUGCCGACGGUCUGGCAAAGAAACGCAUUCAAGAUGGCGACCGCCGCAAAAGCUCCCCCGAUUGUCUCGAUACCUCCAAAGAACCUACAAAAUCUCGCUUGAAACCCUCACGCCCGCGCACCUCUCGCACUCGCCGCGACUCCUCUUCGUCAGUUGACACAGUCGCCUCGGGCCAAUUGGCGACACCGACGCCACGUACAAACGGAAAUGGUCUCUUCAAGACCCCACGCGCCCGUCGUGACCAAGGUACCCCCUCCGCCACGGACUUGUUGCACGACAUCAAUGAGUCGCCAGACCCCUUGGAUACCAUCUCCCCAGCUCCGUCGGUCGCGAAGCAGCGCACCGUGACCCCGGCGAAUGUGGACUCGAGUCCCAAACCACCUUCGCCUGUGAUCCGCCCAACUCGUCGCAGUGACAAUCGAUCGCUGGCCGACGAGAACGAGAUCAAGGAAGAGGGUGGGGAAGGUGUGUCUCUGCCAGAUACCAAGGGCGACGCGCCUGACGAGCCUGCAGACACACGGUCGGGGAGACGGUCGUUGCGUUCGACCGAUACCGGAUCACGGUGCAAGAGCGAGCUUGCGCAGUAUUUCCACAACUAUGAGCAGAUUAUCAGCUUGGAAGACCCCGAACCUGGUAGGACCUUGCACUCCGAGUGUAUUGAGCGCAUAGCUGACGUUGGAUACUAUAUAGAAUUCCUCGCCGCCAAAACAACCAUCACUCUCGUGGACGAUCUAUCGCGACCACUACCCUUCUCCUCCAACCCCGACCCUACACCCUUCGGCAAUCCCCUCCUAAAGCUUUACGACUGCGAAAAGAUCACCCUACCCAAACCCGCAUCAAACACACCCUCAAUCGACCCACUAGGCGAAGAGACCUAUUUCCGCGCGCACCGCAAGUUCGAACGACAAGAGAAACAACUCCGCAACAUAGAGCGCAACCGCGCCCAACACGAACAACAAGUCCUCGAGCGUCUCUUGGACGAGCUACGCGGCCAUGACUGGCUACGCGUGAUGGGCCUGACGGGAGUCCACGAAAGCGACAAGAAGCUCUACGAGCCGAAGCGCGAUAUCCUAAUCCAAGAGCUAGUCACUCUGGUGAACAAGUUCCAGGCAUGGAAAGAUGAAGAGCGUCGACGCAAACUGGAGAAGGAAAAAGCACAACCAGUGCCAGGCACCGAGGCAACACCUAAUGUCCCGGCCCGACAGCACUCACGCAAACGAUCUCGUGCCGCUGAAGAUGUGGAUAGCUCCCCAGCACCGGCGACUGAUUUACAAAGCACGUCAGACGCAGACGCAGACCCAGAUCCAAGUGACAUCGACGCCUUGGCUGCACGACAGCUUCACCAAGAAGCUCAAUCAGCAGGCGCUGUUAAACAGCGCAAGACAGCACCUGCUCGCAAGUCUAUCUCCAAAACCACCCCCAACACUAACACUACCAACACCAACACCAAUACGAGCAAUAGUACAACCACAACCACAACCACAACCACAAACGACCCCGAGCCAAUACCAAAACCCACCCCGAAACGCAAAAAGCCCAUUCCAACACCCAUCAAACCACACCCCGACCCCCAACCCCCAGCCCCAGCUCCAACUUCAACCCCAACCCAAAAACCAACCCCACGACCCCUCCAACAAGCCCCCCUCUCACACUUCUGGAACCCAGCCCCAAGAGAAGGCCCCUUCACAUCCUUCUUCCGCCAACGUCACGUCCGCGAAGCCGCCAUAGCCGCAACAAAAGGUAUCCGUCGCAGCGGAUCCCGCUCAUCCCUCGCAUUCGGGUAUCCAGUUCCUGACCAGACAGAGCGGGAAUUCGAGCUGGCGCCGGAUAUUCUGAAUGAGGAGUCUAUUAUGCAGUCGCAGCGGAAGAGGAGGAGGCUUAAGCGAAGGAGUUUGGGGUGA